AACACGUGCUUCUACUAGAAUUUUAACAAAUCUAUUAUCGCAGCAGCAAGCUUCUCAUAAAAAAUCUUUAACAAAUCUACCACUACAGGCAUUCACUUCUCAUACAACAACUUUAUUAUCACAGUUAUCUACUACUGCUUCUAUAACUAAGGCUUUGUUUAAAGAAUCUGAUAAUGGUUUUGCUAAAAAUUUAUUACUGAUUGAUUCAGAACAAACAUAUGAAUUUCUUCAAAAUCACAAAAAAAGAAAUAAAGAACUUAUAUCUUAUUCUAAUAUAGAUGCAUAUUAA